AUGAAGUACCGAAAGAAACUAGUUUUGUUUACAUUGGUGAUUAUGAAUUUGGUGGAUCAGCCGGCCCCAGAAGUUACGAUCACGCAAGGGACUUUGAGCGGUAAAAUCAGUGGCGAUGGAGCUAUUCUCGAGUACAUUGGCAUUCCAUACGCAACAGCUGAUAGCAGUACGCGAUUUAAGGCACCUAAACCAGCUCCAUCUUGGGAAGGAGUGUACAAAGCUGUAGAUGAAAUUCAUUUCUGUGCACAAAACUCUUUUAUAGGUGUAAUAGGUAGCGAAGACUGUUUAAAAAUAAACGUAUACGUACCAGCAAAGCCAAAGACAAAACCUUUAGCUGUAAUGGUAUACAUUCAUGGAGGUGCUUUCAUACUUGGAAGUGGCAGUAAAACUUUAUUUGGACCAAGCUUUCUAGUAAAUAAAGAUAUAAUUCUAGUCACAUUUAAUUAUAGGCUUGGCCCUCUGGGUUUUCUUUGUUUAAAAACCAAAGAAGUACCAGGUAAUGCAGGAUUGAAAGAUCAAAUAGCAGCUUUGGAAUGGGUUAAGAAAAAUAUAGCCGCCUUCGGAGGUGAUCCUGAUAACGUAACAGUGUUCGGUGAGAGUGCUGGUGCAACUUCACUUUCAAUACUAACAAUAAGCCAAGCUACAGCUGGAUUGUUUAAAAGAGCAAUAAUUCAAAGUGGAACAUCGGUAUCUAAUUGGGCUAUAAAUCGAAGGCCUGUUUGGGUUGCUAGUCUCCUGGUUAAAACUCUUGGAUAUGAUACUGAAAAUCCUCAUGAAAUAUACGAAAUAUUAUCCAAAUUGAGUGAUAAAGAACUAAUUACCAUUGAAGCAAAAAAACCGUUAGACCAAUUCUUUGACACACAGCUUCUUCACUUACCUUGUAUUGAGGACAAUAUACAAGGAGUGGAACCAGUUUUGACUGACCUACCUUACAAUAUAUUGACUAGUAAACCAAGAGACAUUGAUAUUAUUUAUGGAACAACAAGUAGCGAAGGUCUAUUUUUAGUAGCUUUAGAAUUUAAUGAAACUGUUAGUGAGAGAAAUGGGCGUUACUUAUUUGCUUCUGAUCUUACUUUUACAUCUAAUGCAGAAGCAAUGAAGGUAGCUAAAAAAGUAAAAGAAUUCUAUUUCGGUGAUGACGAAAUAAGUAUGAAGAAGUACCGUAAUGUAGCAGAACUGUAUACACAACUGUAUUUUGAACUACCAGCAAUUUUCGAAACUGAAUACUUAGUUGAAAGAAUCAAAUCAAAUGUAUACAAUUACAUUUUUGAUUAUUCUGGAGGACGAAACUUUAUGAAAAGUCGAAGUAGCUACAAGGAUGAAAAAGGCGCUUGUCAUGGAGAUGAUCUAUUUUACCUUUUUGAUGGUUAUAUAUUACCUUUCAGAAUUAAUAAGGAAGAUUCAAGAAUAAUCGAAUAUAUGACUAGUAUGUGGACAAAUUUCGCUAAAUAUGGUAACCCAACUCCAGAAUCAAGUGACCUGCCAAUAAAAUGGACGCCGAGCACUAAAGAUAAUUUAAACUUCUUAUAUAUCGAUAGCGAGCUGAAGAUGGGGCCGAUGCCUAAUCCUAAGUCUUAUCGGCUUUGGAAAGAUAUUUACACUAAAUAUCGCAAGACUGAUAUUAGAUAACACGUAAUAGACAAAUAGGUAAAUACUACAGUAUUUUUGUACUGUUGUAUACAAUGAUAAUUUAUUUAGAUCAAUUUUGAUCGAAAUUAAAUAAUUUUAAUGAUGUCUUUUUUAAGCACACGUAUGUAAGUGUCAAUUUGUUUUGUAGUGUUGCUUUGAAUAAAGGUGGUUGUGUUUUAUAAAUA